UAUGGGGAGAAGCAGUGGGCCCGAGGUCACCUCUGCAUCACCUCCCUCACGUGAUCGAUUCCCAUCUCACUUCACCCCAUCUUCUUCAAUUUUAAACUUCACAUUCAAACUCCAAACCAAAAUGUACUAAACAUGAGCCACCACUUUCUCCAUCUCCUCAUUCUCAUCUCCUUCUUCACACACUCCUUCUCCGCUCAUUCCCCACCGUCCGAUGCAACGCACCUCCUAUCAUUCAAACUCAAAGCCGACGCGCACAACAAUCUCAACUACACGUCACGCAGCUUCUGCCAAUGGCAAGGCGUCCAAUGCGCGCGCCUCAGAGUCCACCGGCUCGUCCUCCAGAACCUGAACCUCUCAGGCUCAUUCGCACCCAACACGCUCACCAAUCUCGACCAGCUCCGAGUCCUCAGCCUCCAGAACAACUCGCUCACCGGGCCCAUCCCGGACCUCUCACAACUCAUCAACCUCAAAUCACUCUUCUUGAACCACAACUCUUUCUCGGGCUCAUUCCCGCCUUCUCUUCUCUCUCUCCACCGUCUCAAAACCCUGGAUCUUUCGAAUAACAUCUUGACCGGUUUAAUCCCGAUGGCGCUGACUAAUCUUGACCGGUUAUACUAUCUCCGGCUCGAGUUGAACCGGCUCAACGGCUCAAUCCCGCCGCUAAACCAAUCCUCGCUCAAAAUAUUCAACAUUUCUCAUAACAACUUGACAGGCCCGAUUCCGGUGACUCCGACUCUAUUGCGGUUCCCGAGGUCUUGUUUCUUGUUUAAUUUUCGCCUCUGCGGCGAGAUUGUGCACAGAGAAUGCAAGCCGGCGGCGCCGUUCUUCGGCUCUCCGACGCCGAAGCCGAUGAAUCAGGUAAUCAAGCAACAACCGGAGCAGAGUAAAAGUAGAACCAACAAACUCGCCGCGAUUAUAGGGUUAUGCGGGGGAGUGGUGGCGCUCUGUUUCGUCAUCUGUGUUAUCGCGAGAGUUGUGAAGAGAAAGCGAUACAGAAAGAGGAUAAUGAAGCCGACAAUGGCGUCGGACUACAUUGCCGCCGAAAGUGCGGCGGCGGUGAUGAAGAUGGAGGAAGACAGAGCAUUGGAAGAGAAGGUGAGGAAGCUUCAGAUGGCGAAAAGCGGGAGCUUAGUGUUCUGUGCGGGUGAGGCGCAGGAUUAUACGAUGGAGCAGCUGAUGAAAGCGUCGGCUGAGUUGUUGGGAAAGGGGAGUAUUGGAACGACUUAUAAGGCGGUUUUGGAUAACAGGUUGAUCGUUUGUGUGAAGAGAUUGGAUGGGUUUAAGAUGACGGGGAUAAGUAAGGAGGAAUUUGAUCGGCGGAUGACGGCGGUGGGAGGGCUGCGACACCCGAAGCUGGUGGCGUUGAGGGGGUUUAUUCAGGCCAAGGAGGAGAGGCUGUUGGUUUAUGAUUAUCAGCCUAAUGGGAGCUUGUUUUCACUCAUUCACGGUUCAAAAUCGGCAAGAGCAAGACCAUUGCAUUGGACAUCAUGCUUAAAAAUAGCAGAGGAUGUAGCACAAGGACUUAACUACAUCCACCAAGCAUGGAGGUUUGUCCAUGGCAAUCUCAAGGCCUCCAACGUCCUCCUUGAUCCUGACUUUGAGGCCUGUCUCACCGACUACUGCCUUUCCGAUCUUGUAGACCCUGCAUUGUUGUUUGAGGAGCCAGAUUCUGUUGCUUACAAAGCCCCAGAAACGCACAAACUAGACCACCAACCAACGUCCAAGUCAGACAUUUACUCGUUUGGCGUUCUUUUGGUUGAGCUCUUGACUGGAAAGCCACCAUCACAACACCCAUAUCUAUUACCAGAUGAGCUCAUCCAUUGGGUAAGGUCUAUGAGAGAUGACGACGGUUCAGAGGACAACAGAUUGGUGAUGCUUCUGGAGGUGGCUAUAGCUUGUAGUGCAACUUCUCCAGAGCAAAGACCAACUAUGUGGCAAGUAUUGAAGAUGAUUCAGGAGAUUAAACAGACUGUUGUGGCGGAGGACGGUGAUAAUGCAUUCCCCGCCACAGUCGCCUCCCUAACCUCCUAGCUGGACUAACCAUGUAAUGCAGAUGCUACAUUUAUCUGGUUGUAGUUCAUAGAUAUUUUUUUUAUCUGCUUUAUAACAUGAGUCGAUCAGAAGUAGAUUAAUUUUUCUCAUUAUCAAAUCCAGGUUCUUUUGUGUCAGAAAUUGUAAAGAUCUAACCAGUGCGUUCAAUCCGAAACCACGCUAUUUAGCUAUAUCA